AUGGCAGCUCCCUUCUCAGCUGCGGCGGCUCACGCCGACUACAAGUCGCCAUCAUUCACGCAAAAGGUUGUCGAUGUGAUGAGGAAGCACUUCCCCGAAGAGCUGGCUGAACGGAGCUGGGACAACGUCGGCCUUCUCCUGGGCAACCUUGAGACCGGCGGCAGCGAGACCAAGAACGCGAGUCCCGUGGUCCUCGUCACAAACGAUCUUACGUAUGCUGUUGCCAAAGAGGCCAUUGCCAAGAAGGCGAGCGUCAUUGUCGCGUAUCAUCCUAUCAUCUUCUCUGGACUCAAGUCAAUCACCUCAAAGGACGCUCAACAAGCCACCUUGAUUCUCCUCGCGUCCCACGGCAUCGCCGUCUACUCUCCUCACACGGCCCUCGAUGCCGCCCCCAACGGUAUCAAUGCCUGGCUGGCCGACGCCGCUACCGGCUCCGCCAAGGGCACGCGCGCCGCAGCGCGUCUCACCGCCAACCCCCCCGAGGGCUUUACCGGCGCCGGCGCCGGCCUCGUUGUCACCUUUGACGAGCCCCAGACUGCGGGCCACAUUGCCUCGUCUCUCGCUGCCGCCACCGGCCACAAGCACCUCACCGUCGCGACGCCGGACCGUUCGGCCACGUGGCGCGAGAGGCCCGUCAAGAGCGUCGCUGUCUGCGCGGGCAGCGGCUGGGAUGUCAUCAAGGACACGGGGGCGGACGUGUUUGUCACAGGCGAAGUGAGCCAUCACAGCGCGUUGAAGGCCGUCCAGGAUGGCAUCUUGCUGUUCACGCUGUUCCACUCCAACUCGGAGCGGGGCUUCCUCAGAGAGAGGCUUGUGCCGCUGCUGCAGGGUGAGCUGACGGCGCUUGAGGCUGGGGCCAAGGUAUACAUGAGCGAGGUUGACCGGGAUCCCUUUGAGAUCAUUACGGUGUGA